GCCAUCUUAUAUAUUAUUUACGGCCCAGAAAAUUCCUGACAGAUCACUCAAAUGACAGAAGAAAAAGAGAUGAAGACUUCACGCUGCUAAGGCAUCAACCGGGGAAACAACACUCACUCCGGAGGCCAUUGGUUUUCUGUCUGCUGUGGGUGUAUUUAUUGUUCUCCUGGCCAUUCUUUUCCUCCUUAUAAAUAAGAAGUUGUGCUUUGAAAAAAUUGGGGACUUCCCAUGUUUAGACAAACGCGGGAAGAGAAAACGACCAAAAGAAAAAUCUGGAGUUCUAAAAGGCCUUGCUCACGGACAUAAAAUUGUGGAGGACGAGCAAAUUUGAAUAUUCAACAAACAAAUUCUGGUCAUGGUUUUAGACAUGGCUGGGCAGAAUUUCUUCCAGCCGGUUUCUUCUUGGAUAUCUCGCAUGUGUGAAGCAGUUAAUCUUACUGGAGGCCCCGUAUCCGACCCAGCCACAAAUUUAACAAAAGCAGACUCAACCGUCAUCACUGACCAAACUUCAGAACUGGAUGAAUAUGAUGCCAGCCUUGAUGACUUUCCCGAAGAAGAAGAAUUUGCUUAUGAUAACCCACCACAAGUUCAUACCUCAGAUGCUGAGUCCUGGACAAGUGAAGAAGAGGAAACCAAUAACCUGGAAGAACAGCGUCAAGGCACUCCAGAAUUAGUUGAAGGCUCUGAAGACCCACAAAGCUAUGCAACGUCCAGGUCAACCCCUAUAAUCCAAGAGGACAGCCUUGUGCUAGAAACACUCUCAACAAUCCCAGAAGAUGAAGAAUAUGUAAAUAAUGAAAUAGAAACACUUUUGAGGGAUGUUGAAACACCAACUUUUAGCACUUUAGGAACAAUUAAUGUGAACAGUUAUGGGGAAGAUGACGAACUUACUACAUCUUCAGACAGUGAUGAAGAAGUGUUUAAGCAGUUUCAGAUAUCAGUGUCGCGUUCUCAGAGCUUUCGCUCCAUGGUGUCUGAAAAGGCAACACAGGCCGGCUCUGAGGGCAAGCCAAAGUUCAGCCGCUUGUUAUCAAACCACGAGGAGCUGAGCACAGAGGCCUCUGAAUGUGAAGAUUUGGAUGUUCUUAGUUACCAGUCCUACCAUGAAGAGGAUCAUGUAUCCAUACACUCUGCCCCAGCAUCUGUGGCUGGUGGGAGACAAAGUGCAACCAGACAGGAGGCUGCAUCCAUCUGUAGUCGGCAGGUCACAGAGGGGAGUCAUGAGAUGGAGACCACCUUCACCAACAAUGGCUUUGAAGAACAUGAUGAUACAGAUAACUCAUCGGGUUGGACUCCAGAGGAGCAAGACGACAACCUUCCUGCUCCCCUCCAUGAGCCAAUUUCCAAAUGUGGAGACCUGGAUGUUGUACUUAACUACAAAACUGCAAGUCAAAAGCUGACUGUAACCAUUAUGGAAGCCAAGGAUGUCCCUGAUAAGGAUCGUAGUGGAGUGAACUCAUGGCAAGUCCAUGUUGUGCUACUACCAAGCAAAAGGCAAAGAGGGAAGACCGCUAUCCAGAAAGGCCCUCAACCCGUCUUCAAUGAGACCUUUACAUUCAGCAAACUUGAGCCUGAGGAAAUAGCGAACAAUGCCCUUCGUUUCCGCUUGUAUGCUGUACACAAGAGGAUCCGGGAAAAAAUGAUGGGGGAAAAGCUGUUCUCCUUAAAAAAGGUUAAGCCAGAUGAAGAAAUCAGAAAGACAUUGGUUUUAGAACCAAGAAGCAAUUUAAGUAGUGGUGAUUCCCAGGUCAGUUUUUCUGCCAUCUCUCGCAGUGACAGUGUCUCGUCCUCUCAAUCGCUGUCACACGGUGGGGUGCCGGAGCUGUUAGUAGGGCUGUCAUAUAAUGCAACAACAGGGCGGCUUUCUGUACAGAUGAUCAAAGGAAGUCAUUUUCGCAACCUCGCUAUCAAUAGACCACCUGACACCUAUGGAAAACUCUCACUGUUAAAUUCCAGUGGUCAGGAACUAUCACGUUGCAAAACGUCCAUACGAAGGGGACAACCAAACCCAGUCUACAAAGAAACCUUCAUUUUUCAAGUGGCUUUGUUUCAGCUUACUGAUGUCACACUAAUGAUUUCCAUAUAUAAUCGACGCACCAUGAAAAGAAAAGAGAUGAUUGGUUGGAUUUCCUUGGGUCAGAACAGCAGUGGAGAAGAGGAGCAAACUCAUUGGUUGGAAAUGAAGGACUCAAAGGGUCAAGAAGUCUGUCGAUGGCAUACUCUACUCGAAGCUUAAUGAACUAUUUCACAUCAAAACUUUAUAUAUAAAAGUUUUGGGGUACAAAUUGGCAUGAGAAAAAAAAGUCAAAGUGCAGGAUAUAUUUUUUACCAUACUAGAAGAAUAUGACAUAUGAUUAUGAAUUUGCACUUCGGCAGAUUUCUUUACAGAUAUUUUCGGGGAACCUGUUCAAACCAGUGGUUGGCAUCCUAAACUAACAAUAAACUGAAUAGAACUAUAUCAUAGGCCUUUGUAAUAAGGUUUGUCCACUAAGUCACACCAGGUUGAAUUGGUCACCUGUAUCCAAUAAAUAUAUGUAUGAUAUUGGAAAUAA